UUGUAACUGCAUGCACGCACUGGAUCGACCAUCUGUGAUGGUUAAUUCAUAAUUGAUCGUUUUCCUGAGUUGGGCGUGUGAGAUACAUCCCUAAAUAUGUCUUAUGAUGUUAUUGCAAAUCAACCAGUCGUUAUUGAUAAUGGCUCUGGCGUUGUCAAGGCGGGAUUCGCUGGUGACCAAAUUCCAAAAUAUCACUUUCCAAACUUUGUUGGUCGACCAAAGCAUGUACGUGUCAUGGCAGGUGCCCUAGAGGGCGAUAUAUUCAUCGGUCCAAAGGCGGAGGAACAUCGAGGACUUCUUAGUAUCAAAUACCCCAUGGAGCAUGGUAUAGUUAAAGACUGGAAUGAUAUGGAGAGGAUAUGGUCCUAUAUUUAUUCAAAAGAUCAACUACAGACAUUUUCAGAAGAGCAUCCAGUAUUAUUGACAGAAGCCCCUCUAAAUCCCAGAAAGAAUAGAGAGAAAGCAGCAGAAGUCUUCUUUGAAACAUUCAAUGUACCAGCUCUUUACAUCUCAAUGCAAGCCAUUCUUAGUUUAUAUGCUACUGGUAGAACGACAGGUGUUGUAUUAGAUUCAGGAGAUGGUGUUACGCAUGCCGUACCCAUCUAUGAAGGUUUUACGCUUCCUCAUUCAAUCAUGAGAGUAGAUCUAGCCGGGAGAGAUGUCACACGCUAUCUGCGACUUCUACUCAGGAAAGAGGGCUUUGACUUCCAUACGUCAGCUGAGCUAGAAAUAGUCAAGUUCAUCAAAGAGCAAUCGUGUUACCUGUCAAUAAAUCCUCAGAAGGAUGAGACUUCAGAAGCAGAAAAGACUGUAUAUACUCUACCAGACGGCAGCCAUUUAGAGGUUGGUCAAGCCAAGUUCCGAGCACCCGAGCUUCUCUUCCGACCAGACCUCAUAGGAGAGGAAUGUGAAGGUCUUCAUGAGGUCUUGACCUUUGCCAUUGACAAGUCUGACAUGGACCUAAGGAGAACGCUCUUCUCCAACAUUGUCCUGUCUGGUGGCUCAACGCUCUUCAAAGGCUUUGGCGAUCGUCUGCUAAGCGAGGUCAAAAAUCUUGCCCCUAAAGAUGUUAAAAUUAGGAUUUCAGCUCCCCAAGAGAGGUUAUACUCAACGUGGAUAGGAGGCUCUAUCUUGGCUUCCCUGGAUACCUUCAAGAAGAUGUGGGUCUCCAAGAAAGAAUACGAUGAUGAGGGAGUAAGAGCGAUCCAUCGGAAAACAUUCUAGCAAGCUCGAACUGUGUAAUAUUAUCACCAAGUAACUUUAACAGUAAAAUAAGAUACUUAAUUACAGCUGUACAGUUAUUACUAAUUAUGAAUGAACAAUUGUAUGUGGAUGGGGGGUGUGGCAGACUUUAGCUAGUGUAGAUAAACACCGAGUUCCCUUAUGUACAAAAAGGGAAACAUAUUCCAUUGCUAGUGAAAAUUGUAACCCUCAGGUAGUUGGUCACUUGCAUUAGAUCAUGAAGGCCAGUUUUCACAAGGUUGGGUACUACAUCGUGAAUGGAAUAAUACUUGCCAAUGUUGCAUGUUAUACCCAAACAUACAUUAUGGAAUAGCCCCCUUGCCUUGUGAAUUGACACCAAAGGAAUGUAGAAGAAACUAUCUCAUUUCAAAGAAUUGGAAGAACUGGAAAAAGAGGGGUAGAAUGGAAAAGAAAUUUUGCAUAUCUUCUAUUCAGCAUUCCAAGAAAUCUGCAAGUUUGAGUAUCGCUGUAUUCCGAGGUAACUUUGGGUUUUACUUGAGUCUUAGAAUUUCCGUAGUCACCAGUUCUCCUAGUCCUAGCAGAAGUUUGCCACGCCCUGCACAUGUAUGCCUAUGAUAAAUAGCCUACCGGUAUACAGAGCUUUCUAUUCAAUGUUGAUAUCAUUGUCCACUUCUAUUUGACAUGCAUGCAGAGUGAAAGUGUGCUCCAGGCGGGAACAUUCAGAAAUAAAAACCUUCCUCGUGGAAUUUUCCUUUGUACUUUCUUGUAUUACUGCAGGAUCUGGUUUAUAAUUGUGAUAAAGAAAGUUAUGCUAUGUUAUACAAUUAGUCUCUUUUUUUAGUCAUUAUGUUAUAGAAAAUAAUAUGUAAUAUUUUAGUGGUACCAUCCCAGUGUUAGCUGGGAGACAGAAAAAGAUAAUAGCGCAUUUAAUAUCGAAAUCAUUUGUGUAUGACAUUCCACAGAUUACCCUUUAUGCACAUUCAAUGCUUUUCUUCUGCACCGAUAAAGCCAAAAGCUUCUCAGAGAGAUUUUUUUUUCUUUCUAACUUUUAAAAUUUACAAACCUGCAUGCUAUAAAGAAAUUAUAAAGAAUAUAAUAAUGAAUGUGCUAUAUAUUUCUUACCCAUUUCUUUUUUUUUUUUGAGAGGGGGGUCAUUUCUUCUUUUUUUUCAUUGUUUUUGUUAAAAAUCCCAUGAGCCAGGAGCAUGUUUUCCUCUGUCAGUUCCCUAUGACUAGUUGUAUACCUGAUACCAAUGUAUGUAGUGAUGUAAUGUGUGCUGUGGUCUUGUCUCCUUGAAAUAUAUUUAACAGGGGCCAGUUAAUACAAACAGAUGCAAUCAAUGUUUUGUAAUUGAUCGUAACUUCUUUAUGAAGACUAUCACGGACUUCAGGACGUUGCAAGAAAAUAUUUGCAAUCAAUUUUAAGUUGCAAAAUUACAAGUGAUACAACAAAUCAAUUUAUUCUUGUUGAUGCAAGAAGAAGACCAUUGAUAAGUAUUAAAUUUGCAAUUAAUUGCAGCAAGACUUAUGCUUGAUUUUGGGACCUAAUAAUGACUUGCAAUCAAUUGCAUGUUUCGUGCAACACCCCAUUACAGUUACAAUCGAUGGUACAACUGAUUGUAUCUUUUAUGUUACCGGACCAAGUAUCACCAAUUAAUAGUGUUCCAUAUUUAAUGCUUCAUUCUUAAGAUAUGAUUAUAUCUUUCACAGUAUUCUGCGUCAAUAUAAUAUGAUUUUAUCACAUAUUUGUUCGUGAAAACCACUGACAAGAUUCUUGAUGAAUUUCUCCCCCAAAUUUGUAAUUGAUCAAAACCCAUAACUAAUCAAACAAACAUCAGAUCCACCAUCAAUUAAUUUCCAUUUCUUUUAAAUAGACAUUUUGAGUGUAAACUCUGAUAACAAGAACUAGUAACAAAUGUAGUUAUUGUUUCUAUUUUUAGUACCAAUAUCUUGUGCUGCAUACUAGUUUUGGUUUCAUUGCCCCAUACCCAAACAAACAGAUUUAUUAUUGUGGAAUUAGCAAAAACUAAAUGAAGGCAUGUGCGUCAAAGCGUAUGCCACUCUUAGGUGUAUUGGUAUUGAAAAUUUGGAGUGGUUUGGUACAGUGUAGUCAUGAAUACAUCAAAAUUAAGCACCAGAAAUAUAUGAUGAAUUGCAUUAUACUCCUAGGCGGAACGUAUGUUAUGUUGUAGGUGAUAAAAAAUUCCUGAUUGUUAUUUGUUGCUUCAACUGAUCACCUGUAUACUAAAAAAAUUAUGAGGAAGAAAAAAAAAUCUCAGACACACCCUUUUUGUUAAAAAAAAGGAAAUGAAAAUAAAAUAUUGAUAUAAUCUAUUGGGCACAAUAUCACUGCAUGUGAAUGAAAUUAUGAAGGGCAUGCAAAAUGAGAGAGGCAUUCAGCCAAAUCAAACUUAAGGGCAUCCACAGUCAUGCCUUUAAUGACCAUGGAUUACUUUGAGCCCUGUUUUUUAUCUAGAACUUGGAUAAUGAUUAGCAAUCAUGGCAAGUCUUCAUAGAACAUUUAGCAUUAUUUAAUUUUAAUUUAUUAUUUAUUGUAAAUACACUGUAAACUUUUAUUUUUCUCUUUGAUAUGUUCCCUUUCUAUUGAUUCUUUGUUUUUAUUUAUGAAAUAUGUCUUAUUUUAAGAAUGAAAAUUCAAUAGAUGAAUUUAAAGAUGUACAGAAAUAACAAAGUUCUUUUUAAAACCUUUUAUUUUACACCGGUUUUGUUUUUGUUUUGUUUGGGGAAUCAAGGAAUGAGUAUUUGAUUUGUAGUGAUAAUGAUCACUGUUUUAGUUCAUGAAAAUUGCUGUUUAGUUUGUUAGUAUCAUGUUAUUUGUAGUUGUCCUACCGAGUGAUCCAUUGUCUAUUUUACUCUGUUGCUGAGAAAAGCAUAAAUUCUGGUGUCCAAACGGACUUAAUACUCAACCCUACAAUAAGUUGUAUGCCUCUUAAUACCAUGUUUUGGUUGGUGACAACAAUAUUUGGUUUUGCUCUUUCUUUCUCAAGCUGAAAUGAAGCUUACAUAGAAGAUUAUUAACAAGUGCUUGUGUUGUCCUUUUUCAUUCUUUUUAGGAGUGAAAAAAAAAACUUCCAGUGAUUUUGAGUAAUUUUAUCGUCUGUAUCUCAGCAAAUUGAUCACUCUUUAUUGUGGGGGGGGGGUAUCAUGGAAACAAAAUCUGUCAAUGAGAGAAAUACAUGUAAUGAAUGUAUUCUGUCCAUCAUAUCACAAGUAAUCUCUAAUUGUUUAGAAAAGUCAAAAUCUUUUUUCAAGGAGCUUGUCAUGAAGUAAAAUUCUAUUAUACUUGUUCAUUUUUCUACCGUUGUUAAAGAUAUCUGUUUUAAGACGGCUCUUUCUGCAGUAGGCCAGAACUACAAUUGUGUAAAUGAUUAAUAUUCUGAUUUUUGAAAUGCAUUUACACAUUAUUUAACAUAAGCUAUUUCUAUAAUUUUUAAUUUUCUCUUUUUGUUUAUACUUUGUGACACUUCAUACUUAAAUUGUUGUCACUGAUUGUGAACACAUUUUAGAAUAUAACAUAUGAAUCGCACCUUCCAUUCCUGCAUCUUGCUCAUAGUAAACAGCUGAAGAUACUUGCUUUAUAGAAUGUGCAGAUGCGUUCCUUAUGCAUUAUUUAUUGACACGUGAUGGGUUUUACCCCCAAAAGAAAAUUUUUGAUGGAUCUGUUACUUGAGUUUUGAAGAUACACCUUUGAGACUGUUACCAAUCUAGUUGUAUCCACUGUAUAAUACAUGGAUGGCAUGUUUAAAAUAGAUCAACCCUGUAGAAAAUGCAUUACUGCUGAAAAAUAUUAUUGAUACUUCUGCAAUUCUAUGUAGUGUAAAUAAAGAAGUAACUGUGACUC